GAUAGCGCCCUCAAUUAAAUAAAAAUAAAUACAAGUGCGAAGUACAAAUUAAAAAAAAUCAUUUUCACGAAUUCUCUGUAAUAACAAUUAAUUAAUAAUAAUAAUUAUUAUUAUUAUUAUUAAUAUAAAUAACAAUAAUAAAUACAGUAUCUUCAUAAAAAUGAUAAGAACUGGGUGUUAAUUUGGAUGUGAUAGAUGAAUAAAAAUAUAUAAAUAUUUAUUAAUAUAAAUAAGUAAUAGUAAAAUGUAUGAGAACUUAUUCAAGAGUCCACUGCACCGUGUAUUUCUCUAUGGUACAUUGAAACGUGGUGAGCCAAAUCAUGAAUUGAUUCGUGAUACUGCUAAUGGUUAUGCAAAGUUUUUAGGAAUCGGUAAAACUAAAAAUAAAUAUCCUCUGGUUAUUGCUACACGUUUUAACAUUCCGUUUUUGUUGCAUAAACCUGGUGUUGGACAUCAAGUCCUUGGAGAAGUUUAUGAUGUUGACACAAAAAUGCUGGAAAAAAUGGAUCAAUUGGAAGAUCAUCCAACUUUUUAUACACGGAUAGAAGAUGAUGUUCUAUUGGCUCCAGAUAAACCAGAUUUUAAUUUUGAUCAAGGUAUUUCAUGUGCAACAAGAGCGAACAUAUAUUUCCUUCCUAAAUUUAAAAGUUCAUUACUUGACAAACCGAUGUACUCAAGUUACAGCAACGAGGGAAAUCACGGACUUAAGUAUACUGAAAGAAUAGAUCGAGAUAAAUCUGAUGAUUAUCGUCAUGAAGUUUGUUAAUGUACAUAUAUUUUUUGUCCGUGUUUUUUUUUUUUUUUGUAUACGCAAUAAUGCAGAGUCAACUUCGUUGCGCCUUGGCCGUUUAUUACUGACGUGGGUAAGAAGCGAGGAGGAACAAUUGAAUAUUUAAAAAAAUUAAUAAACGCUUAACUUAUGGACUGUCGCAAGAUUAAACGUAAGAACAAGAAUCCAAAUAAAAUGUAUAAUUAAUCCUAAGUAAAGUACAAUAAACGUCACUGAAGAAA